UUGAUUACAGCUGAGCUACAGUGCGGAGUUAACGAGGUAGCUGUGGAUUGUCCGAGAGACUGCUCCUUCGACUCCUGCCCUAAGAGUCGUCAUCAUGACAAGACUCCUUGCCCAACACCUGAGACGUGUCCUCCGCCGACAUGUAAAUGUAUCUUCAAUCAUAGACGAGCUGACAACGGAACCUGCAUACCUACUACUGAAUGUCCUCCGUUCGAGUGUUCUGGUGUAAGGGAGGUGUAUGACAGCUGUCCCUCGUGGUGUCCGUCCCAGGAGUGUGAAAACGCUUCUCCCACAGACGAGUGUCCCUUCUUCAUACUGACUGUAGUGGAGUGCAGCCCCGCCUGCCGCUGUCAGCCACAUCACUGGAGAGAUAACGGGACUUGUGUGCCCUACUAUGAGUGCCUUGAGGACACAUGUGGACCCAACGAACAUCUCAAGGACGGUAUAAGCUGCAAGUCCGACUGUUGUCCCGGUGAGGACUGCCCCGACCCUUGUGCCAGCUCCUGUACGUGUGACCUCCAGUAUCACAGAGUGUCCAACGGCUCCUGUAUACCCUCGAGACAAUGUCCUCCCAUCGACUGUCCUCUCAAUGAACACUUCGACGUCUGUCCCGUGUGUAAUGAAGGUUGUGACAACGCGGUCGCGUCUGGUAAGAGAUGUAGGUUCGUUGGUCGAGUAGGCACCACUGUGAUCUGUGAGCCGGCGUGUCGAUGUGAUGAUGGAUACUGGAGGAACAAUAACAAACGAUGUGUGCCUUAUGAGGAGUGUCGUGAGUCAACUAUUUAA